GGCCGAGCUAAUCAGUGAAACUCCGACUCACCUUCUCCGCCUCCAAGGCAGCAGACCCGACACAUACCUUCCCCGUCCCAACCUCUCCUUCUUUUCUCUCCCUCUCUCUCCCUCUCUCUCUGUCUCGGGCUCUAGUCCCUACAUACCGCUGCUUCUUCCUCCUCUGCUGCAGAAUCACGGCCGAUAGUCAGAGAACUCAGAAUUGUUGUCGCCAACAAACGGGAAACUCUGACCCCUCUUCCUCCCCACGGAACUGCGCCGUCUUCCCGCCUCAUCUGCCAAUUCGCAGCCACGACUGCUCUUAUCGCCAUCCCGAAACCAUGUCCUCCCCACCUUCUCGCCUGCGCGCCGUCCUAGGCCACCUCCUCCCCACACACAGCAGCACCGUCUCCAAGGACGGCAACGCACCACCGCCGCACCUCUCCCACCUCUCCCCGACCUUCUUCCUCGAGCGCGCCGCCGCCAUUGAGCCCCGCGCCGAGGCCGUCUACCACGUGACGGCCAACGGCGCCAUCCUGCGCCGCUCCUACGCGGAGCUAGCCGACCGCGCCCGCGGCCUGGCCUACUACCUGCGCAAGAAGGGCUACAGGCGGGUCGGCAUCCUGGCGCCCAACACGCCCGCCUUCCUCGAGAGCAUCUUUGGCGUCGUCGCCGCAGGCGGCGUGCUCGUGCCCGUCAACUACCGGCUGAAGGAGGAGGACGUGAGGUAUAUCCUGGAGUUCGCCGAGGUGGACUGCGUCAUUGUCGAUAAGGAGUUUGAGGGCCUGCUGGGUGGGUUCCGCAGGGCGAAGCCAGGGGUGGAGGUGAUUGUUGAUCUGGAUACCGAUGCGACCGAGGGCGAGCUGUGCGGGCCGUUUGAUGAAGCGGUGCUCGAAGGGUUGAGAUAUGACCGAGAUACCGGGAACAAGGGGUGGACGGACCUGGUCUCGCAAACGGUGGCCAACGAGGAUGACAUGCUCGCGAUUCCCUUCACGUCUGGGACGACUUCGAAACCCAAGGGCGUGAUAUAUACUCACCGGGGCGCCUACCUGGCCGCGAUGGCCAACAUUGUCGAGUCUGGACUCAACGUCCCGGAUGGGAGGUGCAAAUACCUUUGGACGUUGCCCAUGUUCCACGCCGUGGGCUGGACGUUCCCCUGGUCUGUGUGCGCCGUUCGCGGGACGCACGUCUGCCUGCGCAAGGUCGAUUACGCCCUGAUCUGGAGACUGCUAAAGGAAGAAGGGGUCACGCACUUUAACGCCGCCCCGACCGUCAACACCCUCCUCUGCGCCCACAAGGACGCCGAAGUCCUCCCCCGCCCGGUCCGGGUGACGGUGGCCGCCAGCCCGCCCACGGCCCACCUGUUCGAGCAGAUGACCAAUCUCAAUCUGCUCCCUGUGCACGUCUACGGGCUGACCGAGACAUACGGCCCCAUCACGCGGGGCUAUCUGCUGCCGGAGUGGGACAGCUUGCCCAGACACGAGAAGUUCGCCAACAUGGCGCGGCAAGGGCACGGUUUCUUGACGGCGCUCCCCGCGCGCGUCAUCAAGGCCGACCAGCCCGAGGGCGUGCUGAUCGACGUGGCCCGGGACGGCAAGGAGAUGGGCGAGAUUGUCUUCUCGGGCAACAUCUGCUGCAAGGGCUACUACAAGGACCCCGAGGCCACCCGCAAGCUCUUCGCUGGCGGGGUGCUGCACUCGGGCGAUCUCGCUGUGUGGCACCCGGAUGGGAGCAUACAGAUCCAGGACCGGGCAAAGGACAUCAUCAUUUCUGGAGGCGAGAACAUCUCGUCAGUCGCUCUCGAGUCCAUGCUCGUUGAGCACCCGGCCAUCCUCGAAGCUGGCGUCGUGGCCGUACCAGACUCGCACUGGGGCGAGCGGCCCAAAGCGUACGUGACGGUCAAGGAAGGGAGCAGCACCACCCUCAGGGGUCAGGAGGUGAUCGAGUGGGCGCGCAACCAGAGCGCCAUCAGCAAGUUCAUGGUGCCGCGCGAGGUCGAGAUUGUGCGGGAGCUGCCCAAGACCAGCACGGGCAAGAUUAAGAAGAACGUGCUCAGGGAGUGGGCGAAGAAAGGAACUCCGAGGGAGGUGCUGGUUGGGUGAGACGGGAAGAGCGGCGAGACGGGCAGCGUGCUGAAUGAUAAAUUCGAAGUUGGAUACCCCGUGGGGGUUGCAUUUCUAUAUGCCUAAGAUAUCCAUGAGUCCAGAACCAUGCAAUGGUUGACGGAGUCCAAUAUUUGGGAAAAGUGGAAGACGUGAUAAGGAAAUGAUCGAGGAAAGGAACAG